AUGGAGAACCUCAAACGAAUCAUUCAACAAACCGAAAAGCUCAAAGCCAGUCCGCCUACGGUCUACGACCAACAGUAUCUGCUAGGUUUCCGAGGCCUGCUGGUCAUCGAAACAUUCCUCCAUGUCUUCCUUCAAACCUUUGUUCCUGUGGCUGUAGCCACCUCCGCCAACCCAGAUGGCCGUCUCUACCAGAAAAUCAUUCGGAAAACGCUUUCGGUUGUUUUCUGGAACGAAUACUUUCUCUACGGUGCCAUAAUAUUCCUCUCGGCCCGGUCAAUCGCUAUUCCAUUCAUCAGAAGCGAGGCCAAAGAUCGAAGUAGCCGUAUCGCAAGAUCAGUCCUCUGCCGUAGUAUAGCCCUAAGUCUUCCUGUCGCUGUCAGCCUAGCAAUUUGCAAGCUUGCCUUCACCCAUAAGAAUUUGGAUACAAUUUCUCAAUUCAAGGACAGUACUGGCAACAAGUCCAUAGAAGUUCCUUACUUUAUACCCAACACACUUGCAUAUUUCAACUCGGUAUUCAACCUCUUCUGGACAUCGCACGACUGGCUUUUGUCAUCUGGUAGUACGGCGUUCCCCUCUCAAACACUGUGGAUGAUAAACGCGGUGUACGUUCAAAGCUACACUGUCUAUAUGACCAUGAUCAUCAUUCCAUACACCCGGAAGAAGUGGAGAGUGCAGACCGCCUUUGGAUUUAUCAUUACAGCGUGGUGGGUUCAGUCGUGGGCUUGGUUCACUAUUUCUGGCUUGUUGUUCUGUGACAUGGUCAUGAACAUGGACUUUCAGGGUUGUGCGCAGCGUGGAAUUCCUAUCAACAUCCCACACCAACGUUUUCAGAAAUCAGAUGGCUCUCCACGCCCAUUGCGCGUGCCCGUUUGGAUACCAGCUGGUUUCUGCCUUGCCGCGGGGUUCUUUAUGCAGUUUGCGUGGGCAGCUUGGCGUCCGGAUCUAUUCGAUAAAGAGUACGAAUAUCACACUGGGUUGUACUACACGGCUGGCCUGAACUAUGAGUAUAAAACUCAUCACACUUAUGCGCGAGACGACAUCUAUCUCAUCCUUAUAGGGUUCUUCACUUUUCUGGAAGCCUACUCCGUUCUUCAGCGCAUCUUUGAGAAUAAACUUUUUGUCUACCUUGGAAAGAGGUCCCUGAGUUACUUUUUGAUACAAUCUAUCAUCAUCUACACUGCUGGAAUUAAAGUUUUUACACAGACACGCCAACACGACGGCGCAAAUUUCCCAAGCUCUACUAUUGCAGCGCUUGUUACGUGUCUCGUGACGACUAUACCAGCAGCCGAAUUGUUCUACCGGUUGGUAGAGUUACCGAGCAAGGUUUUGGCUCAUCGGUUCUUUGAUAUCCUUGUAAAAUAG